AUCGUCACCUCACUACUUCUGAUCCGGAUGUAUAACACGGCUAGCCAUCCCCAUCCCAGGUGAUCAGGAGAGUUUACCAUUCAAGCAUAGCCAACCACUCCUUUACAAUAUCAGGAUCGACAAAGACACUUUUUCUACAGUUUCCGCAGUCUUCUUCACCAGAGUACGUCACACAUAAGUGACAAACACCUACAAUGGCGCAGCCGCAACUCAGACGCAGAACAAGUCUUCGAGACAAACUGAUUGUAUGGCAAAACCCCACAUCAGUCCUGGACACCGUGCCCGACAAUGAGGAAGAAAGGCCGCGUUACGUCUACCAACCUCAACAUGCGGCCGCCGACUUCUCUCGGCUGACAAUCAAACCACCUUCCUCGGUUCUCCACGAGUGUCGACCAUGUAUCACAGGGUCCGAGACAAGUCGGAUAUCCCGUUCACAGACACGGGCCACACGGCGAGCAUAUCGUCGCCCCGAGUCGGCAAAUCCUCUGGCAGAGAUACGAUUCCGCGGUCAACGGCGGGACAUGGCAUCCCCAUCUUCGCAGCAAGAGCACUCAAGGCUAUCCCACCUACCAAGACAACCAACACAGACUGCCACGAGGCCAGUUCCACUCACCGACUACGAGCUUUUCGUUGCACAAGCAGAGCUCGAGGAGAGGGCACACCAAGAGUUAAUGCAGACUAUGGAAGCGCAGCUACAUGACAGUUUCCACGAUCUUGUCAGGCCAGACCCUCAUCAACAGUUUGCGUCGCUGUCUCCUACGAGUCUAGGCGCAGGCUCGACCGCCGUAGCUGGGACAAGUAGGACAACAACCGGCAACAAGAGUCGCGCGAGCCGCACCAGCUGGGCACCCAGUUAUGCAAAUGGUGGUACAGUGGCAGAUAUCAUUGCAUCAGAGGCUCACCAUGUCAGUGCAAAGCAUCAAUCACACAAAGACUCAAAGAGUCAUACAGUGAUGGCGAAGGGCGUCAAAGGAUCAAUCCACAGGUCAGGUACUGCACAUGGCGUUUCAAACGACAACCAUACACCGCAGCCAAAGGCUCUCACUCUGAAGAGGCAAGCAAGUUUUGCGCAGAGAAUCGCAGAAUACAUCCGUCCUCCACGACCAGAUGUCGUGGAUUCAUGUAGGAACGAGACCACUCUGACGUUGACACGGUCUGGAAGUCGAGCCGGGUUAAGAAGGCUAGUGGCUGUUCCGAUUCACCACAUUGAGACGCUCGCAGAAUAAGCACCAUUCAAGAGUACAUUAUCGUUAAUGAAUAAACCACGUCACCUCUCUCUAUUGCAUUCUCUGCUUUGCUCUUUGUCAUCACCGUAUUUAAUCC